ACGUUAAUAUGUGAACUUUCUUAAAAAUGUUGAAAGCUUUUUUAUAUUUACUACUGUGUUUUUUUUCAAUAGGAAACUACCAUAUAGGAAAUACUUUAAUUGAUGUUUUUACAACGAAACCACUGUACUUUGUGUAUUUUUUGACUCUUUUUCCUUUAAAUGGUAAGGUUUUAUUGUGUUUUUUACAUCAUUGAUUGUCGAUCUACUACUGUCCAGAUCAGUCCUUAACUCGGUGGAUCAUUCCAGAAUGUUAGACCUGAUCCCAGGGCAGCACUGAUGUUGUGUUUAAGCACCGUGGUCAUCGUCAGCUCCCUCCACCUCCGCCUCCACAGCAGCACCAGUUCGCCACUUCUCUGUGUAUGUUCUUCAUAAGGUAUCUUUUUUGUUAAGUCUUUGUUUUCUCUUUAUUUCAAACUUUUCUUGAGAAGCAGUGAGGAGCAUUUGUCUGUCAAAUCGUGUGUCUUCUUCGCGGCUUGGAUCCCUCCCUCCUUUCCGCCCUCCCUUUGAGCGUUCCCCUGAACCUGAACGGCACCAUUUCUCCUCUCUUCUCUUGUCUCUGUGUCAUUUACCUUCGCUGCAGUUGUGAAAGGCCCUGACACAGUGAGUCUCUGCCUCAAAAGCCGUCAAACAUCAUGUUGGACCCAUCUUCCAGCGAGGAGGAAGGAGAUGAUGUUCCAGAGGUUGUGCGCGACAACUGGGUGGUGGCCCCGAAGACCACGGGAGAAGCUCGCCUGUUGCCAGGCCGUGUCGCCGAAGGACAAGGAGGCAGCACUGGGCUUCAGACCUGGGGUCGUGCGAGCCAUGGUGGCGAACGUCCCUGCAGCCCCAGCCCGUCGGUGGACAGCGACAAAGAGAAGGAAGACCUCGAGAAUAUCCAGAGGGAGGAGGAGGAGAGGAAAAAAAGACUACAGCUCUAUGUGUUUGUGAUGCGCUGCAUCGCUUAUCCGUUCAACGCAAAACAACCAACUGAUAUGGCUAGAAGACAGCAAAAGAUCAGUAAACAGCACCUGCAGACAGUCAAGGAGCGAUUUCAGUCCUUCCUCAGUGGAGAUACUCAGAUUGUGGCAGACGAGGCUUUUAUCAACGCAGUGCAGAGUUACUACGAGGUCUUCCUUAAAAGUGACCGCGUUGCCAGGAUGGUGCAGAGCGGUGGCUGCUCUGCCAGCGACUCACGGGAGGUUUUUAAAAAACAUAUAGAGAAGCGUGUGCGCAGCCUGCCAGAGAUUGAUGGCCUCAGCAAAGAGACUGUACUGAGCUCCUGGCUCGCCAAGUUUGAUACCAUCUACCGUGGCGAAGAGGAUCACAGGAAGCUGCAGCAGAGAAUGACAGCCAGCGCCGCCUCGGAGCUCAUUCUCAGCAAAGACCAGCUCUACGAGAUGUUCCAGCAGAUCCUCGGAAUCAAAAAGUUUGAGCACCAACUGCUUUACAACGCCUGCCAGUUAGACAACCUUGACGAGCAGGCCGCCCAGAUCAGAAGAGAGCUGGAUGGACGACUGCAAAUGGCAGACCAAAUUGCUCGGCAUGGUGGAAGAUUCCCAAGAUUUUUGUCCAGGGAGAUGGAGGUCACGUACGUCGAGGAACUGCGCGCCUCUGUGAACCUGCUGAUGGCAAACCUGGAAAGCAUGCCUGUGUCCAAAGGAGGGGACUUUAAGCUGCAAAAGUUGAAAAGAGGCCACAACACAUCCAUCAUGGACAUGGGGCAGGAUGAUGAGAACGCACUGACCAAAUCUGAUGUGGUUCUUUCCUUCACCCUCGAGGUGGUGAUUAUGGAAGUACAGGGUCUGAAGUCAUUGGCCCCGAACAGGAUCGUUUACUGCACCAUGGAGGUAGAGGGGGGCCACAAACUACAAACAGACCAAGCUGAGGCGUCCAAGCCCACCUGGGGUACCCAGGGUGACUUCACCACUACACAGCCCUUACCUGCCAUCAAAGUAAAGCUGUUCACAGAGAGCACAGGAGUGUUGGCGUUAGAGGAUAAGGAGCUGGGCAGGGUUGUGCUCCACCCCACACCUAACAGUCCCAAACAGUCUGAGCUCUACAAGAUGACAGUGUCUAAAGGGUGUCCGGACAAUGACCUGAGGAUCAAACUAGCCGUCCGGAUGGACAAACCACAAAACAUGAAGCAUUGUGGAUAUCUUUGGGCCACCGGCAAAAAUGUGUGGAAAAGAUGGAAGAAAAGAUUUUUUGUGCUGGUCCAGGUGAGUCAGUACACCUUCGCCAUGUGCAGCUACAGAGAGAAGAAGGCUGAGCCGGUGGAGCUUCUUCAGCUGGACGGUUUCACUGUGGACUACACUGACCCACAGCCAGGACUAGACGGUGGUCGGACGUUCUUCAAUGCUCUGAAGGAGGGUGACACUGUGAUCUUCGCCAGUGAUGAUGAGCAGGACAGAAUCCUCUGGGUGCAGGCUAUGUAUCGUGCCACUGGCCAGUCACACAAACCAGUCCCUCCAACGCAGGUCCAGAAACUCAACUCCAAGGGAGGCACAGCGCCUCAGCUCGACGCUCCCAUUUCACAAUUCUAUGCCGACCGUGCCCAGAAGCAUGGAAUGGAUGAAUUCAUAUCAGCCAACCCCUGUAACUUUGACCACAUGUCACUUUUUGAGCUGGUGCAGCGACUAACCCUGGAUCACAGACUCAACGACUCCUACUCCUGUCUGGGCUGGUUCAGUCCCGGUCAGGUGUUCGUCCUGGAUGAGUACUGCGCUCGCUACGGUGUCCGAGGCUGCCAUCGACAUUUGUGCUACCUUAGUGAUUUGCUGGAGAGAGCAGAGAAUGGAGCCAUGAUUGACCCCACCCUGCUGCACUACAGCUUUGCCUUUUGUGCCUCUCAUGUCCAUGGAAACAGACCUGAUGGCAUUGCCACUGUGAGCAUGGAAGAGAAGGAACGGUUUGAGGAGAUCAAAGAGCGACUGUGUGUUCUUCUGGAGAACCAGAUCACACACUUCAGGUAUUGCUUUCCGUUCGGACGACCAGAGGGUGCACUCAAAGCCACGUUGUCCCUGCUUGAACGGGUUUUAAUGAAAGAUAUCGUCACUCCAGCUCCACAGAACAAAGUCAAGGCCGUGAUUCAGAAGUGUCUGGAGCAGGCUGCUGUAGUCAACUACCAACGGCUGGCCGAGUACGCCAAACUGGAAGGGGAGAAGAGGGAAAUGUAUGAGCAUCCUAUCUUCUGCUUGGCAUCUCAAGUGAUGGAUUUAACAAUCCAGAAUGUGGGCCAUUUAGUAACACCUGCCAAGAAGUUGGAGGACAACAUCCGCUUGGCCGAGCUUGUGAUUGAGGUUCUUCAGCAGAACGAGGAACACCACGCUGAGGCCUUCGCCUGGUGGUCCGACCUGAUGAUGGAACACGCCGAGACGUUCCUGUGCUUGUAUUCAGCUGACAUGGACGCUGCUCUUGAAGUUCAGCCUCCUGACAGCUGGGACAGUUUCCCCCUCUUUCAGCUGCUCAACGACUUCCUUAGGACGGACUACAAUCUGUGCAACGGGAAGUUCCACAAACAUCUGCAGGACCUGUAUGCGCCCCUGGUGGUCCGAUAUGUGGACUUAAUGGAGUCGUCCAUCGCACAGUCCAUUUACAGAGGCUUUGAGAGGGAGUCCUGGGAACCAGUCAAUAAUGGUUCAGGGACCUCUGAGGACCUCUUCUGGAAGCUGGACGCCCUGCAGACCUUCAUCAGAGACCUACACUGGCCUGAGGAGGAGUUUGGAAAACACCUGGAGACACGGCUUAAGCUCAUGUCCAGUGAUAUGAUCGAGUCCUGUGUUAAACGGACCAGGGCUGCAUUCGAAGCCAAGCUGCAGAGAACCAGUCGAGCCACAGACUUCCGCGUUCCUCAGUCGAUCUGCACCAUGUUCAAUGUGAUGGUAGAUGCGAGAGUCCAGUCAGCUAAGCUCGGUGCCAUGGACCAAGGACAGGAAAGACAGUACCAUUCCCAGAUUGACAAUCUUAUUGAGGAGAUGGUUAAGGAAAUGAUCACUCUGAUUGUGGCAAAGUUUGUCGUCAUUCUAGAGAGUGUGUUAGUCAAACUGUCCAGAUACGAUGAAGGAACACUUUUCUCCUCCUUCUUAUCGUUUACAGUGAAAGCUGCUGCAAAGUACGUGGAUGUGCCUAAGCCUGGGAUGGAUUUGGCCGACAAUUACGUAGCGUUUCUUCGUUAUUCCCAGGACAUGCUGAGAGAGAAGGUCAACGAGGAGGUGUACGUGGAAAGAUUGUUCGAUAUCUGAAAGAUUUCAGUCAGGGGACCGAGGGCUUGUCGAGCAUCUCUGUGAAGGAAGAGGAAGAAAGCACGGGGCAAAGAAAUGGCUCCAGAUGGGACCCGUGUGGCACAGUGUAAAAUGAAGGACGAGGUUGGAUAAUAGAUAAAAGAUGAGCAGCCCAUCAGUGGAUCAGUCACUCUAGGCCUGGCCUCUCAGCAGGGUUCUGUGCUCGGGGCGAGAUCGCAGGCCUGCUGCCAUGCUAAAGCCUUCACAGGCACACAAGGAUGGAUAGAACACUGCUGGCACCAGGUCGCCUCACUGAUUCACCCCAGCAGUGCCUCCACUCUGCCAUCUUCUCUUCCACCCAUGAUCCAUUUAUUGAGCUUGACCUACAUUAGGAGGUUGUAUCUGCUCUUGUAGGAAACUGGGGAUUUGGACAAAUCAAUCUCCCAAUAAAACUUUUAACAUGUCCUGGGACACGGUGGUAACAACGUUAGAUGGAACGAUAUAAAUAUUUGAACUAUAUUUGUUGUAUGUUGUUGUGUGUUUCAUUGAAGAGAAAAGUGAAAAAAAUAUAUAUACACAUGCAGUAUGUGUAUAUAUAAAAACUCUGUUGCGUGAAGAGUAGGCCAAUGAUGUUUGUUUGGAAAGAGCCUACGAAUCUCACUGCCAUGCCUACUGAGAUUUCCCCCUGCCAGUCUCUCUCUCUCUCUCUCUCUCUCUUUCUUUCCGUCUCUCCUUCACCUGCCUUCCUGUGUUUCCUUUCAAUCCAAAUACCUUUCAAAGCUCCCCGUUGUCUUUCCACCUUUGAGUCUAUAUAUACACCCUUCUCUUAUUCACUUCCCACCUCGUCUGUGCGCUGUGCACUGUGCUUGUUCCUCAGUGUACUGUAAGUCCUGUGUGUAAUUCUCAGCUAGCGCUACAUUUGACUCGUCUCAUCUACUGACUGAAUGAUCGGGCUGUGAGACCAACAAAAAAUGUCUCUUAGAGCAGGCGGAACUCAAUUGAUGUUUAAAAUACAUCAGGAAAAAAAAGCAGUACAAAUAUACAUGCACCAAAUGUAUUGUAUACCUGUGUAACCAUUUCUUUUCACGUGUGUGUACAUAACGUAUAUAAAAUAUGUGUGAUGUCUGU